AUGACGAGAAACACUGGGGCGGGGGACACUUGGAUGAGGAUGCUUUGGGGGGAUGCCGGUGUGCCCCGGGGCGGUGCUGAGCCAGCUCCUCCGCAGGACGGGACGCUGGUGCUGGGUGCCCCCGGCGGGUACUACUUCUCGGGGCUCGUGUACUCGGUGGAGCUGGACAAGAUCCUCAGGCGCUUCACCGGCAGCUCCCUGCUGUGGCUGGGGACCCCCGGGCGCCCCACGGGACCGGUGUCCUGGGACUACGAGGACGGGUACCGGGGGUACUCGGUGGCUGUGGGCGAGUUUGAUGGCAACCCCAGAACCAAAGAGUACGUGGUGGGGGUCCCCAACAAGAGCAACACGAGGGGUGAGGUGGAGAUCCUCUCCGCGGGGGACACCCUGAGCCGGCUGCGGGGCAUCGCCAGCGAGCAG